AUGGCGGUCGUGGGAUUGAGCCAGCACGACGUCAAUGUGCUCGACAAGAUCAAAGAUCCUGAAUCCGAUCCCUCAGCCAACAUCCUGCUCGAUCCGUCGCUUCCUCGCGACCCUCAAAUCACCGACACAUCCGUCUACGAGCGUGUCAUCCAGAAAGAGAGGGAGAUUGUCCUGUCUAUGCAGCAGCUGGAGCUCCAAUUGGCUGGCUUGAGACCAAAGACGGCGAUUGAGCCAGUCCAGGAGUACAGGGCCCUCUUAUCGAAGCUGGAGGGUUUCAUCUCCGAGUACCCCAACUAUGCCAGCGCCAGAAACAACCGUGUGCAGGCACUUCGACGCCUUUAUGGGGACACAUUGCUACUGGCAGAGGCGCCUGCAACCAGUCAGCGGCUUGUUGAGCAUCCUGACGUUGCUGAAAUGAGCCUCCAAGCCAAGGUCGCCCUGGAAGACAUUGAGAGAUCCAUCGUGCUUCUGACACCCCGUACAAUUUACGGCGCCAUGUCGCCCCAAGCGGCUAAGACCUUGUCUCUUGCCUAUACACAGCGAGCAGCCAUAUACCACAUGACCGCAAAGCUGGUGCCCCGCUUCAAGGUGCGAGUGGAUGAGGAAAGACGUGAGAGUAACUGGAGCAAACUUGAAUUCGAAGAGGCGGCGUCGCGCGACUUUGCUUUGGGCGGCAGGUAUGGGAAUGACAUAGCCAAAGGUUUGGCAGUCAGCACAAACCCAACGGCGAAGCUGUGUGGCCAGAUGGUCCGAGAGGCGAUGAAGAAGGAGUACGGCCCUUCAUUCGGUUAUUAA